AUGCAGCUGUCAGCCGAGUCCGGGCGCUCUGAGGAUGUCGCCCCGGCUUCUGUUCACGAGGACGCAUGCUUUCAGCUGAAAGCAGGCAGGUCGGGGGUGCUGCUGAAACUCUGCAGAAACAAUCCGCGCCGUGCCUGCCUAGUUGGUGGCAGUGGCGGCAGCAAAAGGCCACGCGGUUGUUGUCAGCCCGGCGGUGUGGUGGGGGAGGCGUCAAGGGAUGUUGCUGCGUCUGUUCUUUGCGGCCUUCUUGAAGUCUCUACGCGCCCGUUUCAGGGGGUGGAGCUGCGCCACGCAGAACUCACUGCGACUCACUUGGCACCGGAGCCCAAGGAUGCAUGUAGGCAGUUGGGCGAGAAGAACGAGGGCUCCAUCACUCUCUCGGACGUUUUUUACUUGAACAAGUAUGCUGGCCUGCACACACUGGACUUGGAGUGUAAUUGUCUCGGCGACGACGGUAUUACAAGACUUUGCUUGUGGUGCCUGCCGCAACUGCGUUUUUUGAAGUGCUUGUUUGUGGCCAGCAAUGGCUUUGGUGUGCCGGGUUUGCGGGCCAUUGUCAGCUACUUGGAGGGGGAUGUAGCGGCAAUGCGCGCACCCACGUCGUUUGCGCCUGUCUCUGUUAGUAUUACACCAAAGCCGCAGCCACUUGAGGCUGUUGGCCUCACAAACAAUCCGUUUUACUCCAACAAUGACGAGGAUGAGGACGAGGACGCCACGGUCUUACUAGGCCGCCUACUUAAGGCAUGCGGGCUGUCGCUGCGACGGUUGCAUUUGAAUCACGUUGGAAUGUCGGCGUCGGCCGCAGCGACGAUGAUGCAGCUAUGCUUUGCGGGUGGGACGGGGCGGGCGGAGGGCUUUUUGCACCCGCAGCUGGUGAUCUACCUGAAACAGAAUGGUAUUUGCAAGGAGCGGCUUUCUUCGACGCUGCGGGAUCUAGGCGUGGGUGCAGCUGCAGGUAACUUUGUCGUGUAA